UAGAUAUAUAUGGUUUAGGGUUCCAACCUCUCAUGCUGAUCAAGAACACACACACAAAAAAACAAAUAUAACCUGCAGCCAAAACAUGAGAACCAAAACCCAUCCAACUCUCAAUGUUAAGCUCCUCAUCCUUGGAGUUUUCCUCGCUUUUGUUGUCAUCUUUGUCCUCAGGUCAAGUUUUGAUUCAUCACGAGCUUCGUCCGAUGAAAAAUCCACCAUUCCGGUGAAAGAAUCGGAAGACGAUCACGAAAAAUCAACAAGUUGUGACUCCACAAUGACUUGCAACAAGAUCCCGACCUCCCUAGCCAAAGCCCUGAUCCACUACACAACCUCCACCAUCACCCCACAACAAACCCUAAAAGAAAUCUCCGUCACAUCAAAGGUCUUGGACAAGAAAUCUCCAUGCAACUUCCUCGUCUUCGGCCUAGGCCACGACAGCCUCAUGUGGACUUCCCUCAACCACGGCGGACGCACCAUUUUCCUCGAAGAAGACGAGUCGUGGAUCAAGCAAAUCCAGCGCCGUUUCCCCACAUUGGAAUCGUACCAUGUCACAUAUGAUAGCAAAGUGAACGAGGCUAACGAUCUCCUGGGAGUUGGGAAGGGGCCUGAGUGCAGUGCAGUUGGUGAUCCUAGGUAUAGCAUGUGCCAGCUGGCACUCAAGGGGUUGCCCAGUGAAGUGUAUGAGAUCAAAUGGGAUUUGAUCAUGGUGGAUGCACCCACAGGGUAUCACGAUGGAGCACCGGGGAGGAUGAGUGCCAUCUACACGGCUGGGAUGAUGGCCAGGAACAAAGUGGAGGGAGAGACUGAUGUGUUUGUGCAUGAUGUGAAUAGGGAUGUGGAAGACAAGUUCUCCAAGGCUUUCCUUUGCGAAGGGUACAUGAAAAAACAAGUAGGGAGGUUGAGGCACUUCAACAUUCCUAGUCACAGGGAUGCUUCCGACAGGCCCCUUUGCCCUGAGUAAAUAAUUCAUGUGUUUUGUUCUUUUUUUUUUUUUUUUUUUUCGAAUUAAGUAUCUAAAACUCUCCAAUCUCCUGACGGGAUUCCAAAUUAAUCUCAACAUUUUCAAACAUUCCAAAUCUCAAAUCCGCAAGUACGGUGAUCUGAAACAUUUCCUUCUCCUUCUUCCACCUCUGCAGUUGGAACAAUCCUCAAAUGUAAAAGUUUCGCCGACA